AAACAACUUGCCCGAUUAGCUGGCACGCUUAUUGCUUUUGCUAAGAACGGCGCUCCCAAACUUACGCAUACCGCUAUCAAAGUAGUUUUCCUCUUGAAUUCUGCGCAAUCUAGUUGACACCCACGCCCUUACUGUGCGCCUUUUACCAAACGCAGUUGCACCCCACCUUUCCAUACAGCUUAAUACAAGCCUCUACUUGUGUCUGGGCGCCGCCAGCUGGCCGCCCGAACCCGGCCGGCCGACUGCGCCAAGGGCUGCGGGCUGCGUAACAUAGCCGAAAAUGGAUAACCUCACCCGAUUUUGGCGCGUGCGGCGAACAUGUCUUCAAAUGCUCAAUGAUAGAGGCUAUCUCGUCAGCCAAGAGGAGAUGCACACGACUAAGGACCAGUUUCGCGACCGCUUUGGCGAGAACCCCAGAAAAGAUGACUUAACUAUCCUGGUGCCCAAGCAGGACGAUCCAACAGAGCAGAUCUUCGUCUUCUUCCCGGAGGAGCAGAAAGUUGGAGUCAAGACCAUCAAGCUCCUUGCUGAGCGCAUGAAGGACGAGAAGGUGAACCGCGCCAUCAUGGUCACCGCCGUCAAGUUCACCCCCUUUGCCAAGAGCGCGCUGGAGGACAUGCGGCCCAAGUACCACAUCGAGCACUUCCUGGAGAGCGAGCUGCUGGUCAACAUCACGGAGCACGUGCUGGUGCCGGAGCACCGCAUCCUGAGCCCCGAGGAGAAGCGCACGCUGCUGGGCAGGUACAAGAUCAAGGAGACGCAGUUGCCGCGCAUACAGUCCUCGGACGCCGUGGCUCGCUACCUGGGGUUGCAACGCGGGCAGGUGGUCAGGAUUGUGCGACCCUCCGAAACCGCCGGGCGCUACGUUACCUACCGCUUCUGCGUAUGAGGGAGGCACAACGGGUCCGUUUGGGAGCGCAAUAGAGCAGUUUAGGAUGACGCUGACGAGGGGGGCGGUGAAGGAAAGCGGAGGCAUCGUCAGCACACAUUGGAUGGGGUGCGUUUUAGCAAACCGUCUGAAGAGUGAAUUAGCACUUAUUGGAGGACUGAGUCAGAUUGAGUGGACAAAAAGGCAACGGCGGCGGCACAGGCGACGUAGCACGUGCUAGCCUUUGCCCACGUGUUCAGGGCAAAGGCACGUCCAUAUAUUGGAGACUAGGCUUAGGCGUGCGGUUCGCCUACGUAAGUCGUGUGUGGUGUACGGAACUUGCUACGCCUUUCGAGCUGGCACACACACUCGCAUCCCAGACGGCGCAGGAGAGUUAAGUGUUGCUUUGAUGCCGUUGCGUUUAGCCAAUGAUGUGGAUGCAAAGCUGACAAGAAGCAAGAAACGAAGAGGGAGGAGCGGGCGAAUAAGCCCCAUGGAAUGGCCGCGGUGUGGGCAUGGGGCGUGUAGGAACGCCGUGGGGGGGGCCUGAGCUUGUAAUGCUGCUGUCAACCCAUUGUGCUGGCAGCAGAGGUCCGAGUGCAUGCGGUGCCCUGGCUACUGCGUCGCUGCCUGCCCUUCCUCCUGAGCAUGUGGUCUGUCUCCUGUGAAUCGAUGAGCGCAGGUUUGUAUGGAUCCGGCGGGGGACGUGUUGAUUGCGGAUAGUCUCCGUUGUAGCGCUUGCUUCCAUGGGCCCCUGCAGAUCUGUAUAGACCUACUUGCCGGGGUCGAAUUAGGGUGCAUAUAAACGGCGUAUGGAGACGGCGGCAUGCGGACUAGGGGAUAAAUGUGAAGUGCAAUGCGUAAGGGGACGGAGAAGGCAAC